AUAAUCCGUGUUCAGAGAGGAGUUUCAGCAGAAAACAGUUGGCAGAUUGUGAGACGAUACAGUGACUUUGACUUGCUCAAUAACAGCUUGCAGAUCUCAACUCUAAGUCUACCUCUUCCUCCCAAAAAAUUGAUUGGAAAUAUGGAACGGGAAUUCAUAGCUGAAAGACAGAAGGGACUCCAGGCCUAUCUGGAUGUAAUUACUACCCAUCACAUACUGUCUAACUGUGAACUGGUAAAGAAAUUCUUGGACCCAAACAGCUAUUCUGUAAACUACACUGAAAUUGCCUUACAGCUCAAUGUUCCAUUAAAAGAUAUAGGUUGGCGAAUACGUAAGAAAUAUUUCCUAAUGAAGAUUAAGAAUCAACCAAAGGAACGGCUGGUGUUAAGCUGGGCUGAUCUUGGCCCUGAUAAGUAUUUGUCUGACAAAGACUUACAGUAUGCUGUGAAACUCCUUUCUUCCUGCUCUCAUCCCUACAUUUACAAAAUCACUUUUGCCACUGCCAAUGAAUCUUCAGCGCUGGUUAUUAGACCAUUCAGUGAAAAAGGGACACUAAAGGACCUUAUUUACAAGGCAAAGCCAAAAGACCCAUUCCUGAAGAAGUAUUGCAAUCCUAAAAAAAUUCAAGGUCUUGAACUUCAGCAAAUAAAAACAUAUGGAAGGCAAAUAUUAGAGGUAUUAAAAUUCCUGCAUGAGAAAGGAUUUCCUUAUGGCCAUCUUCACUCUGCCAAUGUGAUGUUGGAUGGGGACACCUGCAAGUUACUGGAUCUAGAAAAUUCCUUGUUGGGACUUCCAUCAUUUUAUCGAUCCUACUUUUCACAGUUUCGGAAAAUUAAUACUCUAGAAGGUGUUGAUGUACAUUGCUUUGGACACUUACUGUAUGAAAUGACAUAUGGAAGACCUCCAGACACAAUUCCAGUAGACAACUUCCCCCCUGCACCCUCAAUGUCUGUUGUGUCAGUGUUGGAAUCCAUUCUGACCUGUGAAGCCCUGAAGAAUGGAAUGCCAACUGUCUCACGGCUCUUACAGAUGCCAUUAUUCAGUGACGUCCUGCUAACAAACUCUGAGAAACCACAGUUUAAGAUUCCUACUAAGCUAAAAGAGGCGUUGAAAAUCUCCAAGGAAUGCAUAGAAAAGCGAUUAACAGAAGAACAGAAAUUGAUUCACCAGCACAGAAGGCUGACAAGAGCUCAAUCUCAUCAUGGCUCUGAAGAAGAAAAAAAGAAAAGAAAGAUCUUAGCACGAAAAAAGUCAAAACGCUCUGCCUAUGAAAGUGGAGAGGAACACUCAGCAAAAUACAGCAACUCAAAUAACUCAGGCUCUGGGGCAAGUUCCCCUUUAACGUCUCCAUCGUCCCCCACUCCGCCCUCUACAGCAGGAGCAUCGUCGAUACCCCCAGCGCCGCCGCCGCCGCCCCUGCCACCAGCAGCUCCUCCCCUGAGCACAGAGGUGCCCACGCCCAGCCCACAGCCUCCCGUCAGCGCCAGCCGCGGGGCCUUGCUCAGCUCCAUACAGAACUUUCAGAAAGGAACUCUGAAGAAAACACAGACGUGCGACUACAGUGCUCCCAGGAUCAGCUGA